AUGCACGGGCACAGCCGCAACGGGCAGGCCCACGUGCCCCGGCGGAAACGCCGCAACCGCUUCGUCAAGAAGAACGGCCAAUGCAACGUCUACUUCGCCAACCUGAGCAACAAGUCGCAGCGCUACAUGGCGGACAUCUUCACCACCUGCGUGGACACACGCUGGCGCUACAUGCUGAUGAUCUUUUCCGCGGCCUUCCUUGUCUCCUGGCUCUUUUUUGGCCUCCUCUUCUGGUGCAUCGCCUUCUUCCACGGUGACCUGGAGGCCGGCCCGGCGGGGGCCGCGGCGGGGGCCCCGGUGGUGGGAGGCGGCGGGGCGGCCCCGGCGGCCCCCAAACCCUGCAUCAUGCACGUGAACGGCUUCCUGGGUGCCUUCCUAUUCUCAGUGGAGACGCAGACGACCAUCGGCUACGGGUUCCGCUGCGUGACGGAGGAGUGCCCGCUGGCAGUCAUCGCCGUGGUGGUCCAGUCCAUCGUGGGCUGCGUCAUCGACUCCUUCAUGAUCGGCACCAUCAUGGCCAAGAUGGCCCGGCCCAAGAAGCGGGCGCAGACGCUGCUGUUCAGCCACCACGCGGUCAUCUCGGUGCGCGACGGCAAGCUCUGCCUGAUGUGGCGCGUGGGCAACCUGCGCAAGAGCCACAUCGUGGAGGCCCACGUGCGGGCCCAGCUCAUCAAGCCCUACAUGACCCAGGAGGGCGAGUACCUGCCGCUGGACCAGCGGGACCUCAACGUGGGCUACGACAUCGGCCUGGACCGCAUCUUCCUGGUGUCGCCCAUCAUCAUCGUCCACGAGAUCGACGAGGACAGCCCGCUGUACGGCAUGGGCAAGGAGGAGCUGGAGUCGGAGGACUUUGAGAUCGUGGUCAUCCUGGAGGGCAUGGUGGAGGCCACUGCCAUGACCACCCAGGCCCGCAGCUCCUACCUGGCCAGCGAGAUCCUAUGGGGCCACCGCUUCGAGCCCGUGGUCUUUGAGGAGAAGAGCCACUACAAGGUGGACUACUCGCGCUUCCACAAGACCUACGAGGUGGCCGGCACGCCCUGCUGCUCCGCCCGGGAGCUGCAGGAGAGCAAGAUCACCGUGCUGCCCGCUCCGCCGCCCCCGCCCAGUGCCUUCUGCUACGAGAACGAGCUGGCCCUCAUGAGCCAGGAGGAAGAGGAGAUGGAGGAGGAGGCCGCGGCCGCUGCCGCCGUGGCCGCGGGCCUGGGCCUGGAGGCAGGCUCCAAGGAGGAGGCGGGCAUCAUCCGGAUGCUGGAGUUUGGCAGCCACCUGGAUCUGGAGCGCAUGCAAGCCACCCUCCCGCUGGACAACAUCUCCUACCGCAGGGAGUCCGCCAUCUGA